AUGGGCUCAUCGUCCACUGGGUCGCGAGAACCGGGCAUGGGUACUCCAAGGAAGGAAGGGGACGGGGAGGAGAACAGCCUGCUCCCGGUACGACCCCCGGAAGCGGAGGAGGAGGAAGACGAUGAAGAGGAGAGGGCCUACGACCAGAAAGAGAAGAUUGUCGUCCAGAUCUCGGAUUCCGAUGACGGGUUGGGUUGCUCGGGCGACGCCGCCCCGCCCUUCUCGUGGCGGAAGCUGUGGCUGUUCACGGGGCCGGGAUUCCUGAUGAGCGUUGCGUUCCUGGACCCCGGUAACCUGGAGGGGGAUCUCCAGGCUGGGGCCAUCGCCGGGUACUCCCUGCUUUGGCUUCUUAUGUGGGCAACAGCCAUGGGGCUUCUGAUCCAGCUCCUCUCUGCCCGGCUUGGCGUGGCCACGGGGCGGCACCUGGCGGAGCUGUGCAGAGAGGAGUACCCUCGGUGGGCUCGGCUGCUUCUAUGGUUCAUGGCGGAGGUGGCACUGAUUGGCGCUGACAUUCAGGAAGUAAUCGGGAGUGCCAUAGCCAUUAAAAUUCUGAGCAAUGGCCUGAUUCCCCUCUGGGUGGGGGUUAUCAUCACGGCUCUAGACUGGUGAGUAUCCAGAAUUCAGUACUGCUGACGUGCUCUGAGAUUAUUCCAUCAUUUCUUGAUUCAAUUCAACAUUCGAGGAUUAUUUUUUUUCUAUUAUUUGGUACGCUGGGCAUCAUGCAGUUGUUAGAUUUCAGUUAUUUGGGAUUUCUUUUGUUUUCUAUACCUGGUCCGUCAUUUACCUCAGCCUCCUGUCGAGUUCCACCCGGUUUAAUUCUAUCUUUUCUGCAGUUUUUUGAAGCACCGCUGUGUUCUUCAGUUAAUCGGGUCUCCAGCAUUUUGACCCUCAUCAGAUGUACCCGGCCGAAUUGAUCAUAUGAUCUUUCUAUAUUUCCUAACUAAAUUAGUUUCAUGUUUUUACUAAAUUUUCAGUCUAGAAUUUUUCUUCAUUCUUUGAACUCUAACGAGAAAUAUAUUGCGAUUUUUUUUGUUUUUUUAGCAUAAUUCUUGGCUACAGACCUAUCGGGCUUUGAUGCCUUUGAUAGAGUUAGUCAGUUAGAUUGUGUUGGAAUGCAUUUGCACUCUUUUUCCUAAUUCACUUUCAUACUCUGCUCUACAGCUUUAUCUUUUUGUUUCUGGAGAAUUAUGGGGUGAGGAAGCUAGAAGCGGUUUUUGCUGUUCUCAUCUCGACAAUGGCAAUUUCAUUUGCCUGGAUGUUUGGGCAUACCAAGCCUAGUGGAACAGAGCUCUUGGUUGGUAUGUAUCAGUGAAAAGCUUUUUUCUCUCUUUUUUCAUGCUGUCUUCUAUACUCAUCGGUUUCCACUGUCAUGAGGGUGAUUCUGCUCUUUGUAGGAAUCUUCGUUCCUAAGCUUGGCUCAAAAACAAUAAAACAAGCUGUAGGGGUCGUGGGCUGUGUGAUAAUGCCACAUAACGUGUUUCUCCACUCUGCUCUGGUACAAUCCAGAAAGAUUGACAAUGACAAAAGGAGUCAUGUUCAAGAAGCCAUGAAAUACUAUUCUAUAGAGUCCACUAUUGCGCUCUUUAUCUCCUUCAUGAUCAAUCUAUUCGUUACGACCGUUUUUGCAAAAGGAUUCUAUGGAACGAAGGAAGCCGAGUCAAUCGGCCUCGUAAAUGCUGGGCAGUUUCUCCAGGAGAAGUAUGGAGGAGGGUUAUUUCCUGUUCUUUACAUCUGGGGCAUUGGGUUAUUGGCAGCUGGACAGAGUAGCACAAUAACUGGCACUUAUGCUGGCCAGUUUAUCAUGGGUGGUUUUCUCAAUCUGCGUCUGAAGAAAUGGCUUAGGUCAUUGAUCACCAGAAGCUUUGCCAUCGUGCCAACAAUAGUAGUUGCCCUGAUUUUUGACGGUUCUGAUUCUAUGUUGGAUGUUUUGAAUGAGUGGUUGAACGUACUUCAAUCAGUACAGAUUCCAUUUGCACUCAUUCCUCUUCUUUAUUUAGUUUCAAAGGAACAAGUGAUGGGGCCUUUCACGGUUGGCCGUACUCUCAAAGUAAGUUGGCAUUUGUGAUAAUCUUUUUAUUAAAUAACUGGUCCUUAGCUUGCUCGAAAUUAGUGUUUUUUGGUGACAAAUACCCGUGAACAGCUUGAAUUUUUUUGUUGUGUAUCCACGGUAAUUCAUAUAUAUAUUCUUCCUUCGUGCAAUAAUAUCUGAAAAUGCAAUCAAUAUUGCUUCCAUAUUCCUUUGGUUAGCUCUAAUUAUACCCCCAUUUGGUCAUCGCGGCUAAUGAUAGAAUCAGUUUCUCUGUAUAAUCUCAUAAAUAACCAUAAUCCAUCGACCCAAAUAUUUUUGCAUUUACUUUUUUAAUGAUCUUGAUUCUGUAUGCUUGUUUACUGACUCUUCAGGCGUUUACAAUUGACGAUUUUUAUGGCCAAAUUAUGUUUCAUAUGGAUGCAUAACUACUCUGGCACAUGUGAUUUAUAGUCAGUUUGGAGGUGUUUUGCUUAUUAUCAUUUUGAAUUCAUGUUCGCAAUAAUGGUUCAAUUCAAAGGACCAACUUACUUGUUUAGGCUAGGAGAGGAUAAAUUUCAGGGUCGUUGUUGCGCUUGGUUACCAUUAGAAAUGUAGAAGGAUAACCUGGGACUGCUGACAUGAAUGACAAGGAAACAGGGGCAAUCAAAUACUUUUGGACGUGACAAUGUUAAUCUUAUUUUUUUAAUCGGGGAGUGCGUGUUCUAUUGGAUGUUAUUUUGGGUCAUAAAACUAAGAAUGGUGCUUCUAAGGUUUACGAAACUAUGGUGUUACCUUGACGUCUAUGAACAAGCUUGCAAUUGUAGGGUUCAAGAGUGUGCCCAAUUUUUCAUUUUGCUCCAUUCUGGGAUUGGCCCUUGAAUUUUGGAACCCAAACUAGGUUUCAUUCAUGUGCAAUCAAUAAUGCGAGCAAUAAUGUUUUUAGGAAAGAUCAACCUACAGCCACAUUGGCUUGAGUUUUUAUUCUGUAAACGUAAGCAAAUGAAUUGGAUCAAAGAGUGGGGGAGAAGGGUAUGAGCAUCGAGGAUCAAAAAUUCAUUUUUUUCUGAUCAUAGCUUGUAACUAGUGUGCAAUGCAAAGGUUUUUUAACAAUUAGGUCAGAAUCAUAAAUCGGAAGACUUUCAGACUGGCUUUUCUUUUAGAAAGAAGGGGGGUCCUUUUUACCCAUGAAAGAUAUUAUGUUUUGCUUGACAUCGAUCUAGCAUACCCAAGUGAAAAGAGAAUUGUCACCUGUGUCCCAUAUGAUUGAUCAGUGUGCAGAUGCUAUCUUUACGAAUCAUACUCUAGACGGAUCAAAAUUAGCAAAUGUCCAUCAUGGUGCGGCUGAAGGAACAUCCUGCUGAAGGAUAUUUUAGCAACUAUGGCAAAAUGGUGCUGGUGUUUGCAUCUUGUAUAUAAGUCCAAGAUAUUUUGUCUUCUUUAUUUCAUUCGCCAAGAUCCAUGAUAGUUGAGCGACCCACCACCUACAUCGUCCCAUAAAUUCAGUAAUCACCUCCCUCACCAAGAGGUGGAUAUUACAUCUUCACAGAAAGGAUGUACUUGAUUUGGGAUCAAGAUUCAUGAUCACUGUAUCAGACAUCAACCUGUGAAUCUGGAUAUAAAAGUCGAAUCGUUGUGAGUUGGCAGGAUUUUUUUUUAUGAAGCUUUUGCUCUUACUUUGAUUAACCUAUGACUUUAGCUUGACAUUGCCCAUUCAGACCUAGUAACUCCGUGAUCUCGAUUUGGAUGUCUACAUUCACUCGAGAUGUAGUUCUUGUUGACCAUCUGGAUAUGGCCCAUGAUUAACUUUCCGCCAUAUGAAACCAGCGUCAUCUAAUCUCCAUAUUUGAUGAGUAUGUUGUGCAUAAGAUCGCUUGGCCUUGAGGGAUAUGAUCUUCGUUUUCAUCAGGAUUCUAUACGGGGAUGGUGAAAUCGAAAAGGAUUUUUUACAUCUGUAGUGAAGAACAUCGUAAAAUUGGAGAUGCUAAAGAAAUGUGCCCUAGAACACAGAGGACGGACAAAAUAUAAUCAGUCACCAGCCCGAGUUGGCUGGGGGUGUCGGUUACCAAUGAUGAUAAUGAUGAUUAUUAAUUUUUCUCAUGCCAUCUAUUUGAUGGGGCUCGAAUUUCUAUCAUCCCAGUUUCUCAUUUUCUAUCUUUGAAUGCGAUCUUCCAAUGCCCACAGUUCCUCUUGUAUCUUGCACAUCCGAUACCUCUUUGUUCUCACAUGAUUUUGGGAUCGCCCUUGCAGAUUGUGACCUGGACCGUGGCCGCCCUUUUGAUCGUCAUAAAUGGUUACUUGUUGCUGGAUUUCUUCUCUUCAGAAGUUCGAGGCCCAUGGUUCACUUCUGCCACAGUUAUCAUCACAUCGGCAUAUGGAGCAUUUAUUAUUUAUCUCAUAUUCCAUGGUAGGGGCGUGCCUGCUAAGCUUGCAUCAGCACUGCCCAGAAGAUAUUAUAACAAUGGGAGUUGA